GAUGACUGUGACACAGGAGGAGAUGAGGGGACACUGAUGAAUGUGACACAGGAGGAGAUGAGGGGACACUGAUGACUGUGACACACGGGCAGUGGAUGACGGGAGUUGUAGUUCUCCCUGCCCCCGCCCCCUCCUCUCCCCCGCUCAGGGGACUUCAGCUCCCAGUGAUGCUUUGCGGCUGAGGUGGGACCCUGUGCGGCCGGUGCGGGUCUGCUGUGCGCUCCGGGGCGGUGUGCGGGGUGCGCGGCCUCCAUGUCCCCUCUCUCCUCCUACUUCCUGUCCGCCCUGGUUGUGCUGUGUCCUCCCCGCUCCCCGGCAGUCACAUCCCCGGAGCCCAGACAAAAGGACGGACACCCGGAUCUCUUCUCCCCCCGGAGCCGGGGCAGCAUGUCUGAGCGAGGUCCAUGAUGUCUCACUGCUUGGUGAGGGGCUGCAGGAACGCUUCUGGGAGGACGGACAUCUCAGUCUCCUUCCACCCUUUCCCAGCAAAGCGAGAGACAGCGGAGAGAUGGGCGAGUCUGUGCGGGGUCUCCAGCCAGGAGUGUUCUCAACUCUUGACGGAUCUGGACCAUGGUGAUGUCGAGAGAUACCAACUAUGUUCCCUGCACUUUGAGCAAGAAGCUUUUGAAAUAAAACCAGACGACAAAACCUGCAGCAAGAAACUGAAGCAAGGAGUGGAGCCAACGCUGUUACUGAGCCCAAGACAGACCGCCCAGAGCAGCGCUCAGGUUGACUCUUCGUUGCCCGCCGCACGCAGCCCACACGGACAGGCUCCGCCUUCAGCGCCUUCCUCUUGCACAUGUGCCCAGACCUCUAGGGCUGCACAGGGUCCAGACGGUGAAAAAGCGUCCAACAUCCGAUUGUCGGAGUCCAGACCCCAGGUGUCACAUUGCACCACAGGAGCCACGGUUGUCAGCUCCCAGCCCGGUGUCAGUCAGAUUGUUCUAAACUUUCGGGAGGAAGGAAAGAGUCUUACGCUGGAUAAUGUGUCCACGGAGAGCGCCCCCCAGUGUCAGGGAGGAUGCCACUGCCUGCAGAGAGUGGUCAAGCAGGUUGUUGUCAUCUUCUUGGAUCACCCUCGCGAAUCGGCCACCACAACGUCAUCUGUGGCGUCUCCCCCCACAGUGAGUUCUAGCACCCAGACUGAGGCGAGAGAUGGAAAGUCCGAGACCAAUGCCCAGGUGAACUCAGAGGUCCCUGUCCACCAUCCGUCACAUCAGGAGGUCGUCCACACGAGCACACAGACCAGUACAUGUACGGAGGUCAGCGGACCACAGCAAAACUGCGAGGUACAAGAGGAGAGAUCCCCCAAGACCAGCGAGGUCAGCAGCAGUCCUGGCGAGAAGAUCUGUUCAUCCACAGCUUUAUCAGCGUCCGUAUUAAGUAAACCAGACCAACGGUCCCAGAAUGACGAGGCCAGGAGGGAGGCUGACCUUCAUUGUCUGCCCCUUGCCGCUGACAAACUCCCAGAAGCCCCCAAAAGCUUGGAUAUGGAACCAGAACAUAGAUGUGGGGCGCCCACCUCCAUUGAGGACACACGGGAUCAGCAGCUUGCCCAUGACCAAACACCAAGAAAUGUUAGGAAAUGUGAACCUGAAAACCCUUCACAGCCUCCUGUGUGUCCUCAGAACCAGCAGAACGCCGGACACUUCUGCUUGGAUCCAUCUAUAAAUCAGUAUGUCGGAGAUCUGCUGGAGCAGUAUAAUGUGCCGCCUCCUUCAUGUAUCCCAGCUCCUGUGUUUUCCUCCCGGUGUAUCUCAGCUCAGCGCCGGGUCAAGCAGAUUGUACUCAAUUUUGUGGAGCAGGAGAGUGCGCCUGUGAGUAAGGAAGCCCCUGCUCAGAGCACUUCAAGUAAUUUACCAUCUCCUGUCGUCACAUCUCUGCAGCACCGGGAAACACAGACCUGUGAUGACCUCCCGCAGCAGACAUCACAGACAGCUAACAAAAACCCCCAGGGCCUGCAGAGUACUGCUGUAAGACCCCCGAAGAGCCACAGCUGCCCGCCUGUGCUGAACAUCCGUACAUUGCGUCAGGAAGAAGAGAGAAGCCCGGACCAUCCUCUGCCUCAGGACACCAGCCUUGUUGAUAAGGUGACAUUUGAAGACGUCGCUGUGUAUUUCUCUAAGGAGGAAUGGGAAUUGCUUGGGGACGACGAGAAGGGUCUCUACAGGGAGGUCAUGGCUGACAAUUACCAGUCUCUGAGCUCUCUGGGGCUCCUGCAGGAGAAGCCGGACCUGGUGAUACGGAUUGAGGAGGAGGAGGAUAAUCUCUGGGUUGAUCAAGGAUCCACAAGGAGGAGCCAUCACCAGGAGGAGGACCGGUGGUGCCUAGACCGGGAUAUGGAUGGAGUCCGCCUGUCGGCUGAGGAAAGCGAUACUUCACCCUGCACUGGGCGAGAGUCUGCUGAGAGUAGUAGUCACCUGGGUGCCUUGAUGCGACUAGUGAACGAGAUCCCAGGAUUCCUUUUGGGCAGCUCAGUGACAGAUGGAAGCUCUCCCGCCCGCAGCGUAGAGGAUCAUGGGAACGGCAGGCAGAUCCUGGAAGUCAAAAUAGAGGAACCUUCACCGGCCAGUUCUCCGGCUUCUGCCUGUGUUCCUGUGAGUGAGACCAUGGAAAUUGCCACCUGUCCGAGGGUGCACAGGAGUACGGAGCAGAACAACAGCAAAAUCGUGACCAAAGCAGAAAAAACAGAGGUCGCUGUGAGUCCGCCAUCCAGAUACAGCACGCCUCUCAGUCAUUCGCCUGCAUCAUCCUUUUGUAUCAAGAGUGACCCGGGCACUGGCACUGACAGGCUGCAGAUAAAACAAGAAGAGUUUCCCGCUGCCUGCAGUCCUGCUCAACAGAGAGACGUCCCUCUUGUAAAACCCAACAUUUCCCAUCUUCCAAAAAUCCCGCUCUAUAGCCCAGAAACCUGGGACCAUCUGAUUCCUGACCGUGCCAGGAGACCCAGCUCUGGAGGUGGGACUUCCUUGAGCUGCUCAACAGCCGCCUCACCCCGAAACCCGAGUGUCUCCCCAGCGUCUCCCCAUCAAAGAACAAAAAGCACUGGUCUGGGGGAACUGAAAAUAAAAAUUAAACAAGAGGAUUCUGGGAGUGAUAGAGACUUGUCGGAUUCCCCUGGUUAUGGGAGGAAAGUUUACCAGACGCCGCCAUCCUCUUCCACAGUCCUGCAGGCAGAGAGGGAGCACUGGAGGCUGGCGGCUUCUCCCCUGAGAUCCCCUGCAGAUGCACCCCUGGGAAGCUCCCCCUUACACAGACUAGUGAACUGCCUGAGGGAGAUUACCACCAGCCGCCCACGUCCGUUCAGCGGCACAUUGUCCACCACCAGAUGGGUCACGGAUAUGAGCAGAGUCUGUGCAGAUGCCUCCAGCAGAGCGAGCGGUUCCUCUACGAUCGCAGCACCUCAGCCUAAUCCGUUCACUGCAGCCGUCACCAAUGGAGCGGCCCAGCUACGGGGGGUAGAGCCGAAGACCUCAGACACGAGGGCGAGCAGAGAGAAUGCUCCAGUGUCACCCAUGGGCCACGUUCGGCUGUCUGCCCUGGGGAAGUGUCUGGAAAAGAUCCAGUCCCGCGGUGUGACCCACAGCAGUGAGGAGCCCCGGAGGGCAGAACUGGGGGUGAAGAGAACCCACUCUGAAGAUCUGUCCUGUCGGACUGGUGUAUUCAGUGGUGCAAAGAGGUCCGCCCUGGAAGUGUCCUCCCGUGUAGUCAGCAGCUGUUCUCCCGGCCACCGUGACUUGUGGAGACCCCCCGAGGAGCUGCCCAGGGCCCCCAGUGAGGAUCAGCCUAUUGGGAGCUCCCAUCUGCUGAGCGUCAUGAACUGCGUGAGGAGGAUCCCCGGCUGCCGCCCCAUUUCUUCCAUACAUGUUCCACCAGACUUGGGCCGCCCCUGCACACAAGGAGUCACUACUGAAGUGAAAGACGUAAAAGUGAAACAGGAAAAAGAUGAAAACCCUCGCGUGGAGCCGUCCAGACAGUGGACAGCACCGCCGCAGAGUCCUGAUGUCCCAAAACAAUCAGGACCCGUGGCCACUAACGUCCACCUGACUGGGCUGAUGAGACUCAUGGAGGAAAUCCCAUGCGUGGAGUCGAGUAACCCGUCCCGGGCCAUGUAUAGUAUCGCCGUCGGACAUUCCAUGGCCCGGAGAAUGGACCGAUCGAAUUAUCUCUCCUCCUGUAACGAAGAUUCCGGUUUCCAGGCGGAGCUGAACGACAGCACCAUUGCAUCGGGGGACUCUGUGUACAGCGAUGACACGAGCUGGUCCUCGGAGAACGUGGACCCUUCAUACUCUGCCAUCGGUGGGCUGCAGAGGGUGGUGAGCGAGUUUGCUGAACUAGGAUCAGUCAGUCCCCUCGUCGCAGUAGCUGCCCCCCCCGUCACCGGCGUCCAGGACGGGGCUGGACUGAAGAAACCCAAAGAGGCUUUGACAGCUUCCGCCUCCCGACUCCAUGAGAGUGUCAGGCGAUCGCCCCGGGAGGCUGCUGGGGUCGCAGCCAGCGCCUGCUCUGCUGAGAAUGGAGAAGCGGCAAUAGCUGCUAUUCGUGGCCUGCAGAAGGUGGUCCAUGGCUUUGUAGAGCAAGAGUGCGUGAGUCCUAUAACAGCUGUCAGGAACAGCACCCCCAACAACGGCCAGAGGGACCUACCUGGGAGGAAAACCUGCCAGGAGGACGAAGCUGUGUCACCCCAUAUUCUGGGCUCCCCUCCGGCGUCGGUCACCAGUCACUUCCUGUGUGACACUGGAAAAUGGCUGUCUGAACGGGACUCCUCAUACUCGGCUCUCAGUGGUCUCCAGAGAGUGGUGAACGGCUUCUCGGAGAUGAGCUGCGUCAGCCCGUUCUCUGCAGUCAGUACCCCGGUCAGCGAGGGCGUCCCAGAGGUGUCCAUCCAGCGGAGGAGCGACGCUCAGGCACAGGAUGUCGUGUCCUCUACCCUCAGCGGACAGAGGAACGUGAUUGAUGGGGUCCCUGAUGCCGGCUGUCUGAGCCCCAUGACGGUAGCCAGCAAUGUGUCCAGCGAGAGUGAUGCAGGACUGACGAUGAAGAGCCGACGUGAGCGCAGCGAUGAGGGCGAGACCUCACAAAAAUGCUCGACUGAAAGGCAGAGAACGGCCGCCAUCGCUGUACCCAGCCGUAAUGACUCUCGCAGCUCGUCCAGCAGCCAUUGCAUCGACCUGACACAAGAAGAGGAACCCGUGUGCAGCAAAAACAGAAGUGCGGCCCUGGAGAAGGAGAGAAGGCAGAAAAUCCGGGAAGGUCCCUCUCUUGGCCGACCCACAGAAUUGCCCAGUACCCGGUCCGUACAUCCAGUGGGUUACAGACCCCGACUUCCAGGCAGCAGUCGGAUUCCCAGUAACCAGCUGAUUGAUCUGACUGAAGAGGAGGAAACGCCUACCAAACCCAAAGCAGAAAUGGCCCGGAAGCCAAGUCAUACUGGUGUUGCUCUGAAUCCGCCUCUUGCUGAAAAUCACAGAUGGUCCAUUAACUCGCCGAAGAAUCCAAGUGGCAAGCUGGACAAACCGCUCGACCCGGGGGCAUCGAGCAGCAGCAGAGCGGGUAGUGAUGUCAGAGCUGUUCCUGCCGUCAAUGAACAUAUUAGCGGUCUGGAGAAGCUUCUUAAGGGAGUCCCAACGUUUACCCCAGCGCCCAGGGGCAGCGGGCAGGCCUGGAGCGGGAGCUGGUGGUUUAAGAGUACAUCGUCUCACGAAACUUGAAGCCGCCUCCGUCAUGACGAUGAGCAGAAGUGACGGCAGCGGGAGAGAAGUGUCUUUGCAGCAGUUUUUAAUUGGGGCUGACUUUGCUCGGCGGCCAAAGGGAAACCGGCAAAAACUGUGAAUCUGAGAAGGUUUUACAAAUACAUGCAAUAACAGAAUUGUGGAGAUUGCGGAGGGGCCACAGGGGCGGCCGGACCCCAGCUGCUGCACAUCUGGAGAUGGGAGUGGCCGGCACAAGUCUCCAGUAAGCCAGGGGGCGCUCUCCGCACGAGGAAUCCUACAUUGGACUGGUGAGAUGUUCCAGUACAGCAGCAAAUGGUUCCUGUGGAUCUGGCUUGAGGUGGUGCAGCCUCCGGUGUAGCAGAUUGGGACAGAUGGUGUCCUGGGCCCAGUAAGUACUGAAGGCAGGUACAGCAGCAGCCGCUCUACAGCCUCCGCAGCUUCCAUGUGUGGUGAAGGACGGUGCAGUAUCGGGGGCUUGGAUACGUCUCUAUUUCCUCCACAUUCAAUCAUCUCUGGAUGAGCCGUGCGGUGACCACACCACUCCUGCAGAGGGCGCUCCUGUGUAGGGGGCAAGCAGACUGGACUGUAGCGCGUUCGUGACCAUGGCUGGAUAUAUUGUGCGCCCCCUGUAUUUAUAGUGUCCAUGUUGUAUAGUGUGUGUGUAUAAAUAUAUAUAUAUAUGUUGGCGUGACAAUCUGCAGCAUAUUCCCCACCUCCCCCGCGAGGACACAGGGUCUAACCUGAAUACGUACGGCUCUAGUUCCUGUUUUAUACAUUUAUUUUAUUUUUUAGGUUUUAUUUUUUAUGUCGCCUCUAAGUUUUCUUGAAAAUCUUCAAAAGCACCAAACCAAGAUGAGGAUGGUGAGGGUGAUUGUUCUUCUCACCCCCCACACAUUGCUAACAGGGUUAUUCUAGAAAGUGCAAUCAGGCUGCAAAUUGUAAAUCGGAAAUAAACACGUUCUACCUCAGAGAUGCUGCUACC